GCGGGGUGGGGCGGGAUGGAGCUGCGGGCGGCGCAGUCCUCCUGCCCCGCGGUCACUCCGCGCUUGUCCCGCAGGGCGGACUCCUGUGCGUGCGAGAUGGAGUGGGUGUGGGCGCUCGUGCUACUGGCAGUGCUGGGAGGUGGCAGCGCCGAGCGCGACUGCAGGGUGAGCAGCUUCCGAGUCAAGGAGAACUUCGACAAGGCUCGUUUCUCUGGGAUCUGGUAUGCCAUCGCCAAAAAGGACCCCGAGGGUCUCUUUUUGCAAGACAACAUCAUUGCCGAGUUUUCCGUGGACGAGAAGGGUCAUAUGAGCGCCACCGCUAAGGGCCGAGUCCGUAUUCUGAGCAACUGGGAAGUGUGUGCAGACAUGGUGGGCACUUUCACAGACACUGAAGAUCCUGCCAAGUUCAAGAUGAAGUACUGGGGUGUAGCCUCCUUUCUCCAGCGAGGAAACGAUGACCACUGGAUCAUCGAUACGGACUACGACACGUUCGCUCUGCAGUACUCCUGCCGUCUGCAGAAUCUGGACGGCACCUGUGCGGACAGCUACUCCUUCGUGUUCUCUCGUGACCCCAAUGGCCUGACCCCAGAGACUCGGCGGCUGGUGAGACAGAGACAGGAGGAGCUCUGCCUAGAAAGGCAGUACCGGUGGAUCGAACACAAUGGCUACUGCCAAAGCAGACCCUCAAGAAACAGUCUAUAGCAACAUCAAGGAUGUGAAGUUUCAUUUGACAACUUCCGAUUAACUCUCAUUCAAUCUUCGACUCUAUUUAUCUUAGAAGUUUUACUUUCCCACCCCUCCUUACCUUCUCCAGGUGGACAUUAUACUAUCAUUGGUAGGAUAAAAUAUGCUUGGGAGUGACUGAAUCUGUUCACACAACUGUAUAUCAUACUGAAGUUCCCAGAGAGACCGCUUGAGGCUUGGGAUUCCGAACUCAGUUUAUUAAACGUAUAGUCACCAUC